AUGACGCUUCCAUUCGCCAUAAAUCCGCGGACCGGACCGCGCCCUCGCUCGUGUGCGAACCUGAGGGGGGGCGCACGGACUGAUGACCUCACACGCCCGGGACAGUUCGCCGGCCUCGAUUCGCUUUCCACGGGAACGGCGGAGACAAGAGUCGAUUGGACUUGUGGAACUGGUCAACUUCUCGCCAUAGAAUCGUCGAGGACCGUCUUUACCUUUGCCCCCGCUGAGAGAGAGAAAAAAAAAAAAACAAGCGGCGCCCGCCCCGCGACGACAAAGCGCGAUGAUAUCGCGGGAACGCGGCCUUUAAUUAAAAACUCUAAUUUCAAAAAUGGAAGCGCGGCGCAUUCGAAAUUCGAAUUCGCCGAGGCCGAGGUGGAAAUGUUUCGGAAUGGAGUCGAGUGGCCACCCCUCAUUGAGGCUGUCACAGUGGCGCGCAGCCUGAGCGAGCCCCCCUCCCGCCGGGGCUCUUACACCCCCGCCCCCUCCAACCCGCCAUUACCGAAACACAACCUCGCCUCCCCCCCAACCCGCAACCGGAGAUCCGUCGGGCCCCCACGAACAGGUAGCGUCGGAGCGAUCUCGAGUGACGUUCGCUCGGAAGCUAGACGAAUUCAUUUAGACGAGAGCGCCGCGGCUUGCAGUUUUAUUGAAUGCGACAUCCCUGAUAUCCCUAUAUCAGGGAUGUCGCGUCCCCGCCGCACACAGCCACUAUGCGCUGCUCAAUCUUCCAGUCUGGUG